CCCAGUACCCGAGCACUAGCGGCGGCAAGGCAACAAGUCUAGGGGGGAGAGAGGGAGGAGUAGUAGGCGGAAACGAAGCAACGGAAGCGUAAGCGUUAGGAGACGGGCGCCGAGGGAAGGAGGCAAGCGGAGGCCCCGCGCUCCGAUCACACCAAACGCUUCGUGCUGCUGCCCCCGCCGUGAUCCCAGGGCGGCGGGCCGAUCUCACCGCGGCCGCGGAGGCGAGCUUUUUAGGCGCGCCACCGCCGUCCGACGCCGCGAUCCAGAUCCAGCGUGGGGGGUUCGUGCCACUUUAUCUGUAUACACGGAAUCAGUGAUCGAUCAGAGUAAUACGAAGAGGGAGGGCCUGAUCGUUUGAUCUGCUCUAGUAGAGAAUGUCAGAGGGAAAUGUGGAUGGCAUCGAGAUAGCAAUUAGUAAUGAUGAGAGGAGGGACAGAGCAGAUGUCGAGAUCUCAGAGGACGAGCCGAGGCACACAAAAAUACGGUUGCUGAGGAAGAAAGCGCUGCAUGCAUCGACAAGGCUGACACACUCGCUGAAGAAGAGGGGGAAGAGGAAAGUGGACUGCAGAGUACAAAGGAUAGCGAUAGAGGAUGUCAGGGAUGCUGAGGAAGAGCAGGCGGUGAGCUCGUUUCGGGAGGUUUUGUUUGCUAGGGGCUUGUUGCCAGUCAAGCAUGAUGACUACCAUAUGAUGCUUAGAUUUUUAAAAGCAAGGAAGUUCGACCUUGAGAAGGCAGCACAGAUGUGGGCAGACAUGCUGCACUGGAGAAAGGAGUUCGGGACAGACACAAUUUUUGAAGAUUUUGAAUUCCACGAGCUAGAGGAGGUCCUGCAAUACUAUCCCCAUGGUUAUCAUGGGGUUGACAAGGAAGGAAGGCCAGUAUACAUUGAGUUGCUUGGGAAAGUAGAACCCAACAAGCUUGUACAAAUUACAUCAGUGGAGCGCUACAUUAAGUAUCAUGUGCAAGAGUUCGAGAGAGCUUUCCGUGAGAAAUUUCCUGCAUGCUCAAUUGCUGCCAAAAGGCACAUAGAUACCACAACUACAAUAUUGGAUGUCCAUGGCGUGGGCUGGAAGAAUUUUAGCAAGAUUGCGAGGGAUCUGGUGCGUUGUAUGCAAAAAAUAGAUGGUGACUAUUAUCCUGAGACACUACACCAAAUGUUUAUUGUAAAUGCUGGACCUGGUUUCAAGCUGAUCUGGAGUACUGUGAAGGGACUUCUUGACCCCAAGACAUCAUCUAAAAUCCAUGUUCUAGGAACAAAAUAUCAAAGCAGACUUCUUGAAGCUAUUGAUGCAAGCCAAUUACCUGAAUACUUCGGUGGAUCAUGCUCAUGUCCUAACCACGGAGGGUGCCUGAGGUCCAACAAAGGCCCCUGGAGCGAUCCUUCAAUCAUGAAGCUUGUACAUAGCAUGGAGUCAUUGAGGGAAAUUGGGCAAGUAUCUGAUAUAGAGGAAACAAUUACAGGCUCUGUCAGAUUGCGUGCUCUCAAGUUACCAGAACGAAUUAGUGACACAUCAAAUGCUGAAUCAGGUUCAGACAUUGACGAUCUUGGAUCCCCUGUGGCUCCUGAAGAUGUUGAAUAUCCUAGUUUGGCACCAGUUCGUGAGGAAGUGAGGGAAUCAGGAUCUACAACUUACAGUGGUUCUGAUGGCACAUCUCAUAUGGCGGAUAAAGUUGUAGGAUCCAACCAAAGAUACAACACUGCUGGAAAUGAAGCUAGACAGUUCAAUACUGAACAACGUUCCUUCGUAAAUGGGGCUUUACCUGCACCAGCAGGUCGGCGUGUCCCGAACAAUGGUGGGGGCAAUGCUGAUGAUGGGAUCUUGAAACAUUUAUCAAGAAAAGUUGUUGCUGUAUUUCUUAAAGUACUCUCUCUUUUGCGGUUUUUCAUUCGUCGGCGACAACACUUGGAAAACGUUCAUCCGCAUGCUACAACCGUGCCCCGUAAUCAGGCAGAUCUUCAGAUUAUUAGGGAAGAUCGUGUGAAUCCUUGCCUUGAGCGUCUUGAUCGACUUGAGUCAGUGUUUAAUCAGCUGAGCAGAAAGCCUCCAGAGCUUCCUCAGGACAAGGAUCAGGCCAUACAAGAUUCUUUUGACAGGAUAAAGUCCAUUGAGUUUGAUCUGGAGAAGACAAAGAAGGUAUUGCAUGCAACAGUUAUCAAACAAAUGCAGAUGGCUGAGACCUUGGAAGCUGUGAAGGAGUCUGAUCUUAGGAGGAGGAAAUUUUGUACAUAAUACACCUAAUUGCAAUUGUACAGAAACAAGAAACAAGUUGGUUACUUACUAAUAUCUGAUACCCGACAGAAUCAAACCACAUUGCUUUGUACAUGGCUGCCCUGGCCUACAGAGAUGAGCAAAUAGCAAUGGCAUCUUAGCCUCAAUAACAACAGAUAGUUGUCGACCUGUACACUGAGGAGAUGGUCAAAAACAGCAUCCUGGAAAAUGCCCAAACACCGUCCAGUUUUAUAGAGCAAAAGGAAUUAUAAAAGAGCAUUGCACAGCUUAUGCCCUCACCAUGCUUCUGUAUAUGCUCCUUUGAGCGUUGGCCCUCCUGAUCUGCCAUAUGUAUUCCAAUGCUCAGUGCAUUUUCUCCUCUCAUUUUUCGGAACAGUUAGUUUCACUUAUAAUUCAAUCCAUUUUUUGGUUGAUUACUUAAUACACCUAUCAAACUUCAUGAUUCAACUUGGUGGUGUUAACCGGGAUCAAGUGAGAACAAGUUUGAACUUAUUUCCGCCAUGCCCAAUGGUCAAGUUUUUGCAAGUUUGCAUUUAUACACCGUCAGCAUAUCGAGGAAUGAUGCUCAUCAGCAUCAUGAGCUGUCUGGCAGUCGAAGAUGCAUCCACUGAGCUGUCAAGGAGACCACAGCCAGAUGCCAGCUGGGAGGCGUCAUAUUCUGGCAGAACAGAAGUCCUGGGCAGCGAGGACGAGGAUGGGUGAGCCGUGAGCAUGCGAGAGCGCACAUGUCCGCGAGGAAAGGGUGGCGGAAAGGUCCAACUCUGAGCAUUUGAACCUGUCGAUGAUGAGAGAAUUUGUGUAAUUUUGACUUUGCCCUCUGACCCAGGAUGUACCAGUGCCCCAUUGAUUGUGACACUUCCGUAAGAUAAAUGUUUGCAGCUGCAAAUCAUCCUUGCC